CAGCUGCAGACAAAGGCAUAGGUUGUCAAUUCUCUCUCUUCCUCAUCCUGAAAGUCAUCACCUCCCUUUCCUGAUCUUGAUCACUUUUCUUCUCCUGAUCUUCUCUGAAUUAUUACUAUGGAUGCUGCUAAAUGGUCACAGGGUUUUCAAGAUCAUACUAGUUUGGUGAAGCCCAUGGAGGAGAUGGUUUCCAACAAUACAUGCCCUAGGCCAACGUUAGAGAAAAAGACGAGGCCGCCGGAGCAGUUGAAUUGCCCUAGGUGUAACUCAACCAAUACCAAGUUCUGUUACUACAACAACUACAGUCUCACCCAACCCAGAUACUUCUGCAAGACUUGUAGAAGGUACUGGACGGAAGGUGGAUCUCUCCGGAAUGUUCCCGUUGGCGGUGGUUCUAGGAAGAACAAGAGAUCUUCAACAUCAUCAUCUUCUUCUUCUUCAACCAAAGUCCCAGAUAUCAAUCCUCAGUUUUCUUCUCAAAACCCUAAGAGCAUGAGUAAUAGUCCCCAUAAAGGACAAGAUCUUAACUUGGCUUUCCCAGCUAUGCAGGAGGGUACUCAUGUUAAUUUAUCUCAGUUUCUUCAGGUCCCCAAGAUCGAAAAUAACUUCCAAAGUUCCACUUCCCCUUCUUCUAUAUCAUAUGGUUCAUCAGCUUUUGAAAUGCUUAGGACUAGUGGAAUGGCGUCUGGGGGAUUGAAUUCCUUUGUCCCGGGAUCUAUACCAGAUCCAAAUACACUAUUUUCAUCUGGGUUUAGCAUGCAAGACUAUAAACCACCAACACUUAGAUUUUCAAUUGAUGGGUUUGGAAGUAGGGGUGUUAUCCAAGAGAAUGCAGGGAGGGUUUUCUUUCCUUUUGGAGAAAUGAAGAGUACAAGUAGUGAAGUUGAUGAUCAUAAUAAGAGACAGGGAAAUUCAAGUGGAUAUUGGACUAAUGGUGUGUUAGGUGGAGGAUCAUGGCAGUGAGGGAGAAGGACACAGGGGGGGAUGAACCGGGGGAGCAACGUACUGCACCCUUUUUCUUCUUUUUCUUGGGAUGUUCUUUUUUACUCUUAAUUUUCACAUGCUUGAUAAUUACUUGUUUUAAAGUUGUUUAGAAAGAAGCUAACAGAGAUAGAAUAUAUAUAUAUAUAUAUAUAUAUAUGUUUGUGUCUAAUUUGAAGUGUAUAAUUUAAACCAUUAGAAGUGAUAAAUUCUUAAUAUUUAGGUUUGUAACUUCUAAUCUAAUAAUUUUUAUUUUGUAAUCUAAUGCAUAGAUUACAAAAUAAGAAACUCAUAUGUAUAAUAGUUUCCCUUUAGCUAGGUUAUAUAUUUCUCUCCAGCUGUGUGUGGAUGGAAGAAAGUGUGAAUAGGGCA